AUGCAGAUGGCAUUGGCAGUUCUUCGUAGCAUAAUGCAAAAUUCAGAUAAGAAUGUUUUUCUUUGUUUUGAUUUUCCUUUCAAUGCGAACAUUCUUAGAAUAAUUCCCAAAUUUCUCGUAACAAAUUUCCACAUGUCGUCCCCCACCGUCAAUCAAAACCUCGACGCACUCUACGCCGCCUCAGCUGCUCCUCCUCCGGCCAUCUCCGGAAAGAAAAUCACACUGAAAACAGAGGAAAAUAGCCUCGUCGAAGUGGAAGAAGAGGUAGCAAUGGAAUUCGCAAUCGUGAAAGACCUCUUCACCGCUGAAGAAGAAGGAAAAUCAUCAACCGGAACAGUCGUGCCGCUGCCAAAAGUCUCCGCGAAAACUCUGUCGCCAAUAAUCGCCUACUGCCGGAAGCACUUGGAGAUGAGAAAAUUGAAGCAGGACAAGAAUAAAGAUAUGAAGGAAAAAUGUGAUAAGGCGUUCGUAAAACACUUGAACAAUGAGGAUCUUAAGGAGAUUUUAUUAGCAGUUAAUUACCUUGAGAUUAAGUAUCUUUUCGACGCGCUUAAUACUGCGAUUGCUGAGCGGAUUUCGAAUAAGAGUGUUGAGUACGCUAGAAGGUUUUUUGGUAUCGAGUGUGAUUAUACUCCUCAGGAACUGCACAGGCUUCGUAAUGAGACUAGCUGGGCUUAUGAACGUCUUGAUUCUGACGACGACGAUUUCGUCUUCUAG